AUGACCGGAGGGAAAGUAGGAACUUAUAAUAGUGCACUCGAAAUGAUAUUUGCCUGCGCUGCACGAUGCAUUAUCAUCGUGUUCAAUAUAAUUUUCAUGAGCCAUAAUAACGUUCAUCUGUUUGGGGCGUGGGAAAGAGAACCUUUUCUAUUGGAAAAUAAGACUUGUCAAGUGAUGCCAAUGGUCGUUGGCUUGUUCGCUGAGCUGGGCAGUUUGGUUGCAAAUGUUUCAUCACGCUACGCUACGCACAACUACGCACUGAUGAUGUCACCUCGAUUGGCGAUGAAACAAAUGCAACCAAAUUAUUCAGAUCAGCGAACAAGCCAACGACCAUCUACGCUACCUGAGCUACCGACAUUCUCCUCUAUAGUGACAAACAUGUUAACAGUUCGCCCUUAA